UCGCUGCGCGGUGAGCCUAAUCUGAGGCUGAGUGAGCGGCGUGAAUCACAGCCGCCUGUUUCUGUCGACAUUUAAGUCUCGAGUUGCGUCUACCUUGCAUCGUUGGUUUUGUUAUAACAAAACGUUUAGUUGAAAAUUAAAUAUGCCUGCACAGCCAACAUUGGACGCCUGGCUUGGGUCCAGAGCGCCAAAGCAACAACAAUCACAAGAUGGACAGCGCACAUCACAAUCACCAAUGCCACAGAGACAGUCAUCGCCGGAUUGGAAUACCCAGUCGACAGAGGCUUCACAGACACAGUCGCAAGCUUCACAGAUACCAUCGUCACCAGCUCCGAGCGCAGCUUCAAGAACAAACUACCAGGCACGCAGAGAGGCAUUGGCCGCUACAGCCGCAGAAACACGCACCGUCCUUCCUGAUAUCCUGCGCAAAUUGCCCAAUAUUCAGGCCGCAAAGGCAGAAGCCCUAUUUCUCGAUCGACUAGCACCGCUAGAUCCAGCAGACUGUCCAGGACACACCAAGACGGCCAUCAGCGUCAUCAACGAAGACACAUUCAACGCAGCCAUCGCCCUCUCCGCAUCAUCUCCUUCUCCUUCUUCCCGCGUCGCCGUGCUCAACAUGGCCAGCCACUCCUCUCCCGGCGGCGGCUGGAUCCGCGGCGCAUUCGCCCAGGAGGAAAUGCUGUGUUAUCGGAGCUCACUCUCACUGUCCCUCCACCGGCGGUACUAUCCAUGGAAGCAGCGCAUGGGGCUUUACACAGGCGACGUGGUGAUUAUCCGCUCUGACAUGCCCUCUGGACACAGACUGAUGGGACACUUGACGCCGGAUCAGCUUCCCGUGGUGAGCGCAGUGAGUAUAGCGGCGCUACGAACACCCGCGGUUACAACGUCGACCGUGAGAUUGGCGGAUGGGACGACGGUGGAUGAGGAGAUGUAUGCGCGGCCACAGGACCGGGACCUGACGAAGGAUAAAAUGAGGCUGUGUCUAAGGAUAGCGGCGAAGAGAGGCCACGGGAAAAUAGUACUGGGGGCACUAGGGUGCGGCGCGUUUAGGAAUCCGCCGGGCGAGGUGGCUCGGUGCUGGCGAGAGGUGUUUGCUGAGGCCGAGUUUGAUGGCGGGUGGUGGGAGAGUGUGGUGUUUGCGGUGUAUGAUACCAAGGGGGAGGGCAACUUUGCUGUAUUUGAAGAUGUUUUGGGUGGUGUGGAGGUGUAAAGGGUUUGAUGAUGUGAUUUGUAUUAUGAAGAAAUCGGGUAGUGGUUUCAGGGGAUUGCAUAGCAUAGCGAGCAUUAUAUAUGAGAAGUGCGCUGCCAAGCAGCUUCUGUUUGUUUGUUAGUUGGCCUCUAAGUCUAUCUGUAUAUAUGAUUAUACGAUUGGACUGUUUUGUCGCUCAUGACAGUCAGUGAGAGUCAGCAUUUGCUUGUGAGUUGCUACUUGCUCGGUCAACGACCGAGAGAAGUUGUCGAUCACCAAUCUGUUGCAGAAGAACACUCUGAGGAUAUAUAGCUACACUCUAUUUACUGAACUAUGGCUCGAUUGCACUGGGCGACCGACCACCUGCACCUGCAUGUUUCACACUAGCAACUAUACCACUACGUUGUAUCGUUUAUGUGAAUGAUUUACCAGCUCUCCAAUGGGCUGUUUCUCCAAUACCUUAAACCUCCCCCGCAUACCGCCUUAUGCGUGUCUUGGCCCGCAAACGUCAUGCGCCACGCUUCCUACGCCAUCACUCUACUUCCCAAAAAUAUCAUAGAAAAAUCCCCUCUAAAUAGCCCCAGCUGGAACCUGCAC